GAAUAUGACACUUAACUUGACAGCCACAAGAAUCACAAGAUUGACGUUCUGAAUAACAAAACACUGUGUUUAUGUUUAUCAAAUAAUAAUAAUACAUCCAAAUAUUCUUUCCUAACACGAAUAAUCAAAUCGUAGAUUAAUAUUUCAAGUUUAUUAUAAAUUCAACAUGCCUGCAGCUGUACCGGAGAAUUCUAGUUCGGCUAGUGAAGAUGCUCCUAACAAAGGAGAACAUUCUGAACAAAUGUGGAAAAUACUUAAAGCCCAUAUUCUCAGAGAAAGAGCCCGGAAGAAACAAGAGCGAGAAGCAGAAGUUGAAGAGGAAAGGUUACGUAAAGAAAGAGAAGCUAGGGAGCAGCAAAAUGUUAUGACUCUAGGUGAAACACGAGAGCAAUUAAUACAGCUUGAGGCUAAAUUGCAACAGUUGAGAGACGAGAAGCAUCAGCUUUUCUUAACGUUGAAACGAGUUCUGAAUGCAGAUGACAAUAACAGAAAAAAACAGUUGGUCAAGGAAACAGCCAGUGAAAUGUUGGCUCUUCAGUCUUUACCGCAAGGAUUGGUCCAUCAACAACAGGUUUACAUUACACCCCCAUCAGUUCCAAGAGCUGCACCUAUGCCCCAGCAACAACCGCAACAAGGAUUUAAACCUUGUACAAAAAGACCUAGAAGUCCUACUCCACCUCCCACUAUACCUGUUUCUUUAUAUCAUCAAAGCUACAGUAAUUAUAAACCUUCUGUAGCUUCUGCUCCGUAUCAGUCAUCACCUCAAAAAGAUGACGGUAGACGUCAUGAAUUAGUACGUGCAGUACUAUGGAACAAAACACAACAGCCCUGUUUCUACCCACCUUCAGAUCUGUCGAUAUUUUAUACGCAACCUCAACAAGGACCUAUUCCCAGCAGGGAACCUCAGAGGUGUACCUACGAACAGAGCAGAGCACAGACUUAUCACCUAGAAUCCAAAUUGACUGAUCAUUACUCUUUAAGGCCUCCGCCCAAUUCUCAUGGUCAUAUAAUACACGGUGGUGCUUUGGCGAUCAGUUCUCAAACCCCUCCGAAAACAGGAAGUAUAGCUAGUGGAUAUCCUGUGAGGAGUCAAACGCAAUAUCAGCAAGUUCCUGCAGCCGCACCUGCUCUAUACACGGCACAAAAUAGGCCUUUGUAUCAGUCACCCGGUACGCCUAUGAGUUAUAAUCAGAGAGAAUAAAUCAUACUGGAGUUUAAUUGCAUGAAGAGAGAUGAGAUAAAUUUGAAUAAGUGAGAUUCUAGAUACAUUUAAGCAUUUAAACUUAUAAUCUUACUCCAAAUUCCCCUUUUUUGGCAUAGGGAUACAUAAAUGAUGUUCUCUUUUUCACGAUCAUUGACACACUGGCUGCUGUGGCUGGUAUAGAAAAUUAAGUUAUGAUGUGGGAGUCCUGAGAAGUAGGUGCAAUUUUCAUUGUAUGAACAUAUUAGUCCGUUUUGAUUUGUGUAGUUUCAACUGAAUUUUACUAUUAGCACAAAUUUUAUGGUCAUAUAAAUGAAUUAUGGAAAUUGUGCUCCAUUAUUUAUAACAUUUAUAUAAUUUUUAUGAAAGUAAACAAGAAAAUACUCUUGAAUUUGAGAAUAACAUUAACAUAAACUGAAGGAGAAUGGGUUUAAUUAAGAUCCUCAUAAUAAUUUGAAAUGUAAGAAGUGAUAUUCCUCAAUAAAGCAUCUGGAUCAAGAAAAAAAAA